CUGAUUCUGCCCAUCUAAAUACACUGGAUCGUAUGUUUCUAAACUUUCUGACUUCAGCCCAGCCUUAAGAUUAUAAUUUUACAAUAAAAAAAAAGUUCUAUAGUUUUGUGUCAUUUUUACAAAAUUGUUAAAAAUAGGAAAUUACAGUUCGUUUAGUGGAAAAUAAUUGUAAAAAAUGCAACGAGAAGAAAAACAAUUAGAAGCAGCUCUAGAUGCAAUAAUAAUGCGUGUUAAUGAUUUAAAAAAUUCAAUUGCUUCAAUGAUAUUCAAACUGGAACAUGAAUAUGAAACAUUGAAUUGGCCAAGUUUCUUAGAUAAUUUUGCUUUGAUCGCUGGGCAUUUGACGAGUUUAUCUAAAAUCCUUGCUCACGAUAAAGCACCCAAUCUUCGAAAUCUUACCGUUCUACCACUUUUGUUAAGUCCGGAAAAAGAUGAAGAAUUAGUAAGAAUGACCGAGGGAAGAAUUACAACAUUUGCUCAUGAUUUAGUACCUGAUUAUCUAAGAACAAAACCUGAACCUCAAGCAGAACAGAAAAUGGUCCAAUUAGAAAUAAAAGCUGCUAACUUAAGUUAUGAUGCUUCUCAUAAACAAGUGGCUCAAUAUACUAAAGUUAUUAAUCACAUUUGGGAUAUUGCCAAUAAAGCUCGUGAAGAAUGGGAAAGUGAAGCAGGAUCAAGAGCACAACAAGCACAAACUAGUAGUGCUGCGGAUACUCACGCAUUGGUUGCAGCUGUAGGAAUGGGAAAAGGUCUAAAAUCGGAUUCAGUUCCAUUGGUACAAUCCGGUGUGAAUUCUGUAUCUUCGGGUAUGAUGGUUGGGCGUCCCAACAAUCAAUCUGGAUCUGGCAGUCAAGUAUCAACAAUGGGUAAAGCUCCAAGCACCAUUAAAACAAAUAUCAAAGCAGCAUCACAAAUUCAUCCAUAUAGUCGAUAGUUCACUAAUUGAAAAUUAAGUUAUAUUAAAUACCAUGUGUAUUAUCAUACUGAUGUUUUAUAUUAUUUAUUUUAUGUAUGUAUACAAAAUAAUUUUAAUUUAUCCUAAUUUAUGAAGAAUAAAAAAUAAAUUUAAAUACAGUA